AGCGGGGGAUGCCGGGCGCCGCCGCCGCAGCCGCCUGGUGAAAGUUAACCACCCAACCUGGGGAAGGCGCCUCCCAGAGCCGCGCGGCGCCUCCCGUUGCCAUGCCGGCUUUGUCACCUCGGCGGGGAAAGCGGCAGGAUGGAUGAGCGGGCGGCCGCCGGGGCAGACGCCCGCCGGUGCAUUUACAGACUGGACAGAAUUCCCAGCCUCGGUGGUGGAGGGAAUGCCGUCUCAUCCCAGCAGCUCCCUGGCACUUCUCCGUCGUUACGGGUUUAUUUUUUACAUACCAGAAGAAAAGCACUGUUAAAUCGGUGCAGGACCAGGGCUGAACAGAAAUUCAUUUGCACCCCUCUCGCUGUGCUGAAUGGAUGCAGAAUCGGGCGGCGAUUCCUGCCUGUACGUGAGGGAUAAUGUCAGCAGCUUCCUGAGCUCCAGCUGCUGUGGACAAAGGAUGCCGAGCGGCAGAGAUUCCUGGAGGGAGGAACUUUAAGAUGGAGGAAUUCUAAAGAAUGCGAAGGACAACCUCUUAAAAAAUUGUAGGUGGAGCAAUUCCAGGUCAUCCAAGCGCUUUGUAUGCUUGAGAUUGAUUUUCCUACUUUGAAAUAGCUGCCGUUGUGACACUUCUCUUCCGUGCUUUUGAACACAUUGACUGUGACCUCUGUGUGAUUGCAGAAAUUGGCCCGAGUGCUCUGGAACAGUUAUUAGGAACCCCUUUCUUGUGUCGUUUCCUGAAUUCCCACACUGUGGCGUGAUGUGUGUGUGGAAACUGCUGGCUUCCUCCAGCGGCAGCCGUUCCACCAGCCUGUGUGCACCGGGAUCCUGGCACAGGGAGCUGCAGGGGGACAGGAUUGUUAGGGAGAGAAUCUGCAUUUCGUGCAUCUUUGUUCUUUUCCAGCUCUGAUAAAGCUGUUAUCUCCGACUGUGUGGGUUAAGCACGAGCAGCUACUGCUCUGUAGAAUAAACAACAGUGGAUGACUUGAGGUUAACGUGCCUCGGGCAAGGCUAGCUGCUCUUCAGUGUCUGCAUGAAGCAAUAUUUUCAUCUCCCAGUGACUCUACCUUCUCUCUUUACUCCCCACUCUAUUUUCUUGUGGUGUGUGGGAGGAAGGCAGGAUGUGUGAUUGAAGCAUAGUUUAUAACUCCUUAAUUGACUGUAGCUGUGUAAUUCCCUUACAAAUCCACCCCACAGCAUCUAGCAAAUAUGUGCUUCAUUAACUUGUUGUCCUCUUUUUUUUUUUCUUUUCUUUUUUUGCAAACUGUAAGGUCAUGUGAUGUUAAUGAGUUGUUUACGUGUGUUUCUGCAUUUAUUCCACCAAAGCGUUCCAGUGCACGGGAAUCAAUUACAGGGAAAAGAAUCAAUGUUUAUAUAUGGCUGCAUUUGGGAUUUCUGAAGUUUGACUUCCUGAACUUCUUUCCAGAUUCUUCUUUUAAACACUAAGAGUUGUGAAUGUUGGAAAGGAGUCAUUUCCUUCGUGCAGCUGAAGGGUCAAUGGCUGGAGUGGGUUAUCUCUUCUCGCACGAAGAGCCCGGAUGAAUUCAAGUCAGCAGGCCAAAUUUCGCAGCACAGAUUUGACAUGUGGACACUUUUGGCACACUGAGUCCUUUGGAAAUGGAUGUGGUUCCUAGGCCAAGCCUUACUGAGCAGGCGCUGCUUAAUGGGCUCCGUAUUUGCAGUCAGGCCUUAACAUACCUGGCCUGCUGCGGGUGUGCUGCUGCUGCUUCUUGUCCCCCGUUGGCUCCUUUCUGAAGCCGUGUGGCAGCAGAAGGAGCCGGGCUGGGAGCUGCCAUGCCGCACCUGUCCUCCUGCACCUGCAGCCGGCAGUGACCUCACCAGGAGGGUCCAGUCACACUGUGUGCAUGGGCCAGGGGAGGCAGUGGUGCAUGGCGAGGAAGGCAGGGUGCCAUGGUUCAUACACAGACACAUCUGUGCUGAAGGCUUGGUUUGUUAUCUGGGUCUUAAUGAAGGCUGGGGAUUUGCCCACAUUACAGCAUCAGUCUCAGAGACGGUAAAGGUGCUCACCCCGUUUCAAAACCAGGGCUUCAGCACUCAGCAGCAGGAGUUGGUGUCAUGAGAGCCGUGCUGCCCUUUGGCACGAGGUCCUCCAAAGCAGGGAGGCUGCACCCAGAUGCCGAUCCUGGCAGCCACCUGGGGCCCUUUUAACCCUUGGCGGUGAGGGGAGCACAAAGGAGGCCAGCUCGUGUGUGUAAAGCCACGCUAUGUUCUGAGCUGAAAUUCUCCAGGAGCUGAAGCCUUCAGUGAAAACCGCCUCUGUGUGGUUACUCCUACAGAGGAAAACGGGGAGGGUGCGUGCCCGCCCUCAGGUUUGGCCGUGUCGGGCUGGUAGGGGGGCUGUGGAUGCUCAGAGCGAGCCUCGGAACGAUGCAUGACGGAUGUUUUCGUUUUAAGCGGAAUGCGAUACAGGGGGAACUCCUUUAAUCCGCUUCUACGCUGUUAGCCACGUAUGCUGGCCGCAUUUUCCACUAUCUCCAGCAUCCGAGCAGCAGAGCGCCGGGGCGGGCCGGGGGCGGGGCUGGGCGGGCCGUGCUUCCUGCCCGUCCUGCCGGAGUGCCGCCCUCGGGGCGCUCCGCGCACAGAGAGGCGGGAGAGGCGCGGAGCGGAGCUGCAUGCGAGCACCGCGGGUCGCCUCUGCCCUGCCCCGCCCUGCCCCGCCGCGCUCGGCCGGCUCAGGUAACCGCGGGGACGAGGAGCGGAGCGGCGGGAGCCCGGCUGUCUGCCCCGGCCGCGAUGCUGCGGGCCCCCGCUCCCCGCUGACAGCGCAGCCCGGGACGCGGGGCUGUCCUGCUCCCUCGUUCCGCCGUUCUCGAGGUGCCGAGGGCUGCGCGCACGGCCCGGCUGGCUGCGUCGGAGCGCUGCCCUCCGUCCCGGUCGCCCGUCUGUGGGCGCGUUCGUUUCCAAUAAAAAGAAAAGUGGAGCCGCGGAUCCGCCUCCCAUCACGUCCCAGCCCCUGCGGAGCCCGGUAUAUUUGUGCCGCUAAAAUAGUUUGUUUCCCCCUUCGGUUUUAUUGACACUGAGGAUGAAGAAGGAUUUGCAAGCAAAAGCGCCUUGAAGCCGACAUCAUUUGGAGAGAGCUCUGCAGCUCAGCCGUUGGGUCUCGAAUUCCACCCUUUGCCCCUGCUGAAUCCACUGCUCUGCCCUUUACUCUCCGGGGUAAAAAACCAAACAACAACAAAAACCCGAGGAAAAGAAUACCUUUGGCAGCAGGGCAGCUUUGUGUGGCCACCCCGGCGAGCUCCAAGUGUCCAGUUUCUGAAAAGAAGAAAAUCCUUUUGUCUUCGGCAGAUCAGUAGAAUUAUUUUGGAAGCGAGGAGAGUAUCAAGUGAUCUGUCCCACUGAAGAGGAGACUGAAGCCAUCUCUGAGUGGAAAUUUUGGACGUGCGGGAGGAAGGCUGUGUCCCCCCAUGUGCCAGAACCGCUCCUCCUUACCAAGGAAGUCAAAGUGAAGGACGUAGGUCAAGGGCAGCUUUUACAUUCCACCCAAAAGGCACCACAGUUUGAGAUGAGGAAUUCAGAAGAGCAAGCAGCUACGACAGUUUUACAACGCCUGCUGCAGGAGCAGCUCAGAUACGGAAACCCAAAUGACAACCGUAACCUUCUUGCCUUACACCAGCAAGCCACAGGAAAUGCCCCCCCUUUCAACAGCACUGGGAAUCCAGCAUCUCAGAACGAAGGGCUGAGCUCCCAGGACCACCAGCUCGUGACUCAUGCUGCCCGUCAGGAGCCCCAGGGCCAGGAGAUACAGGUGGACAACAGCAUCAUGGAGAAGCAGCUCUCCCCGCGACUCCAGAACAGCGAGGAUCUCCCAACCUAUGAGGAAGCCAAAGUGCAGUCACAGUAUUUCAGGGGCCAGCCGCAUGCUAGUGUCGGGGCAGCGUUUUAUGUAACGGGGGUGACCAACCAAAAAAUGAGGACUGAAGGGCGGCCCACAGUUCAGCGGGUGAGCCCAGGGAAGGUCCACCAGGAUGAAGGACUUAAGGACCUCAAGCAAGGACACGUCCGCUCCCUGAGUGAGAGGCUGAUGCAGCUGUCCUUGGCCACCAGCGGUGUCAAGGCGCACGCGCCUGUCACGAGCGCACCACUCUCCCCUCUCUCUCCGCUUUCUCCUCAGCAGUCGAGUGACCCUUAUAAAAAUUCUGGCUCCAGCGAGUUCUACAAGAACUCGGUGCAGCCCCCUUCCCAGCCCAGCAUGAAAGGGAUGGAGCAGCGGGGUCCUCCUCCAGAGUAUCCUUACAAAAAUGUGUCCACCCCAUCUAUGAACUGCAAACCUCAGGACUCGGGGCAUUUCUAUAGUGAUCAUCGCGUGAGCCAGCAGGGAAGAUCCGAUGGGCCUAUGAUGAGGUAUCAACAUCCCCCUGAGUAUGGGUCAGUCAGGCAGAACCCAGAUGUGCAGCUGCAGUUACAACAGAGACCACCUCACCACCACAGUCCAACUUCUUCCUUGACAUCUUUGGGAUCCUUGACCUUGCUUCAGUCUCCACCGCCAUCCAGGCUGUCACCUUCCCAGCACCAGCAACCCCUGACUCCAAGCCAGGGAGAUCCUGGCAUUCUGCCGCGGACCCAGCAGCCGUUCUUGUCAAACCAAGUCCAUCAGGGAGAUCUGUACCGACUAUGCCAGCCGUUCCUUGGCCCGCAGCAGCAGCAAGGCGAUUCCUAUUCAGUGAUGUCCCGGGCUCAGCAGAUACCUUCCCCAUAUCAGCAGAUGCAAGUAGAUCCUUUUGCCAUAGUUUCCAGGGCCCAGCAAAUGGUUGAAAUCCUGUCGGAAGAGAACCGGUCUCUACGACAGGAGCUGGAUGGGUGUUAUGAGAAGGUAGCCCGACUGCAGAAGCUGGAAACAGAAAUUCAGCAAGUUUCAGAGGCAUACAAAAACCUGGAGAAAUCAUCCUCUAAGCGGGAUGCCCUGGAGAAGGCCAUGAGAAACAAGCUGGAAGGAGAAAUUCGUAGGCUUCAUGAUUUCAACAGGGAUCUGAGAGAACGUAUGGAGACGGCCAACAAGCAGCUUGCAGAGAAGGAAUUUGAGGGGUCUGAAGACAAUCGGAAAACCAUCUCUCAACUCUUUGCACAAAACAAAGAAACACAGCGGGAAAAGGAGAAACUGGAAAUAGAACUGGCUGCUGCACGCUCCACCAAUGAAGACCAGCGAAGACACAUUGAGAUCCGAGACCAGGCCUUGAACAAUGCUCAGGCCAAGGUGGUGAAACUGGAGGAGGAGCUCAAAAAGAAGCAGGUCUAUGUUGAGAAAGUGGAGAAGAUGCAACAGGCCUUGGUUCAGCUGCAGGCAGCAUGUGAGAAACGGGAACAGCUGGAGCAUAGGCUGCGGACCCGGCUAGAGCGAGAGCUGGAAUCUCUCCGGAUGCAGCAGCGACAGGGUACAUCUCAGGCUGCCAACGUCUCUGAGUACAAUGCCACGGCGCUUAUGGAACUCCUGCGCGAGAAGGAAGAAAGGAUUCUUGCUCUGGAAGCUGACAUGACCAAGUGGGAACAGAAAUACCUGGAGGAGAGUGUGAUGAGACAAUUUGCUUUAGAUGCAGCUGCAACCGUGGCUGCUCAGAGGGACACAACAGUGAUCAGCCACUCACCUAACCCUAGCUAUGACACCUCGCUGGAAGCUCGCAUUCAGAAGGAGGAGGAAGAGAUCCUGCUUGCCAACAGGAGGUGUCUGGACAUGGAGGGAAGGAUCAAGACUCUGCACGCUCAGAUCAUUGAGAAGGACGCCAUGAUCAAAGUUCUGCAGCAGCGCUCCCGGAAGGAGCCUGGUAAGACAGACCAGCUCUCCUCCAUGAGGCCUGCCAAGUCACUGAUGUCAAUCUCAAAUGCUGGCUCGGGCUUGCUGUCCCACUCAUCCACGCUGAGCAGCACUCCCAUCCUGGAAGAGAAGAGGGAGGACAAGAGCUGGAAAGGCAGCCUAGGUGUUCUGCUGGGAACAGAGUAUCGCUCCGAAUCCAUUCCCUCCACGCCCUCUCCUGUCCUUCCUUCCACCCCAUUGCUGUCAGCCCACUCUAAAACAGGCAGCCGGGACUGCAGCACCCAGACUGACCGAGGGAACGAGCAAAGCAAAGCUGCACCUUCCCCUGCAGCUCCCACACCAGGACGACUCCCCACUGCCAGCCUGCCCUAUAGUGCUGACAAAACAGAUGGGCCACUCUUCCACUCCAGCACUCUCGAGAGAAAAGCCCCUGUUCAGACCAUGGGGCAGGACCUCCCAGAUGGAGAGAUGGUAGAAUACCUCAUCUGAAAGCCUGUACCGGAUCUGAGCUGGGAUUCAAUAGCAAGAAUUUUUUUAAAAGACAAUUUUAUUGGGAAGAAAUUGUAGUACCUGAGUAAUAAAAGAACACUCAGCCGUU